CGGCUGUCAAAUAUGGCCCCCUCCUACUGGGUGUGAGAAGCGACAGCUGACAAAGGAAAGAAAUCAGCUAAAAAAGGACGUCACCUAUUCAUCACACACCGCUCUGCCGUCCAGAUAACACUGCACAUAUGUGACAUCCCUAGCAAGUGAAAAGUGGCUGCCAAAGGAUGAAGUGUGCCAGAGAGAGGAAGUGACAGAAGAAGGCCUUCAUUGUUGCAGACCAUCUGUUCAGAUCAACCCUCCUCCCUCCCCUGUGAGCCUCCACCCUGCAGCCAUGCAGAUCAACCCAGUGUACGUGGAGUCCUCUGUAGUUCUGGCUGUGGUGCUGUGCGUCCACAUGGUGGUCUGGAACCAGCACUCCUGGUGCAGCAUAGCCCUCUUCAUCCAGGCUUUCUACGUACAGCACAAAUGGGACCGUCUGCUCAGGUCAGGGGGCGCUGUGUUCCAGUUCCGUCCUGCGGCGAACAGCGGCAUCGUCCCGGCCUCCAUGGUGAUGCCUUUGCUGGGCCUGGCGCUGAAAGAAAAGUGCUCAGCCUCAGGGAAUGUCUACUUUGAGCGCUUCUCCAUGGUGGUCACCAUCACAGGCAUGAUGCUGGCUCUGUUUCUCUCUCUGAUUGCGCUGGGCAUCACUAGACCUGUGCCCACCAACACUUGUGUCAUCGCAGGCAUGGCCGGCAGUGCAAUUCUCUACACGACAAAACAGACGCUGACGGUGUCUGAGGUCAUCGAGGUCCUAGAGGUGCUGCUGAUCUUUGUCUAUCUCUGCCUGAUUGUGCUUUACCUGCUGCCACGCUGCUUCACACCGGGAGAGGCACUCCUCAUUGUCGGAGGAAUCAGUUUCAUCGUCAACCAGCUCAUCAAGCGCUCACUGAACCUGGCAGAGGUCAAAGGUGAUCCAGUGAACUACUUCCUACCGGUGGUAGUGGUGGGCUCACUGUUGCUCGGUGUUUUCUUUGCCCUGCUCUUCUGCUUCAUGGAGUCUGAGACCUGGGUGUCAUCACUUUUCUUUCACAUGAUGACAGCCGUUCUGGGUCUGGGUAUCCUCAUGCCAUGGCUCUCCCUGUUCAUCGGCCGGCACCCCAUCAUGUGGCUGUUAGACUUCGUUACGUUAAACGACAGAAGACUUUGUCUUUUGGGGUACUGGGUGUUUUUAGCUGUUGUGGCCACUUGUGUUGUGCUACACCAGAACUACCAGCGCCAGUCAGGCUCCAAGAAGCACCAGGCCUCGACUGUUGUCAGGAAGUACUUCCAUCUGAUUGUAGUGGCCACAUAUGUUCCAGGACUGAUAUACGACAGGCAGCUGCUUCACGUGGCGUCUGUGGGUUGCUUGGCGGUUUUCUUGUUCCUGGAGUACGUGCGUUACUUCCGGAUCAGGCCGUUGGGUCAGCUGCUCAGGCAGCUGCUCACCUUGUUCCUGGAUGAGAGGGACUCUGGGCCUCUUAUCCUGACCCACGUUUACCUGUUGCUAGGCAUGUCCCUGCCCGUAUGGCUGUUCCCCGGGCCCUGUGCCCCUAAGGGGGUACUUCCCGGUGCAGGGGGUCUUGUGCCUUACGCAGGUGUGCUGGCCGUGGGGGUUGGAGACACCGUGGCAUCCGUGUUCGGCAGCACCAUGGGGGAGAUCCGUUGGCCUGGCACUAAGAAAACCAUGGAGGGGACUGCAACCUCUGUGUUCGCCCAGAUCAUCGCUGUGGCCAUGUUUCUCAUCUUUGAUGGGAGCAUCAAUCUGAACUCCACCUACUCGUGGAUUGUUGGCUCUAUCACUCUGGUGGCCAUGCUGGAAGCAUACACCUCUCAAAUAGACAACCUCCUACUCCCUCUCUACCUCUUCAUCCUGCUGUUGCUUUGACUGGACAGAUGGCACAAACAAAAACCGAUCUCUCCCACUGUCCUCAGCUCUUUCUAGGGGGAAGAAAGAUGAUGAAUUUGGAGAAAGUGUAAGAAAAAUCAAAACGUGAUAGUAGAACUAAGAGAAUUCUCUGUAGGAAUCAGUGGACUGAUCAGCACAAGGAAAGAGCUGACAGCUUAAUCAAGCUGAGUAAUCGUUAAGUCACCACACCAGUGGGACACUAAAUAAAAUGUGCUCCUUACUUUAUGUGGCAGCAGAUGUGAUGUUAGCAUGACAUUAGAGUCUGUGGCCCUCAGAUCACAAGUCAUUUCAGUAUCUGUUGCUUUGAGGAAUGAAACAUUUCAGAAUAAGUUCACAAGAAAUCUUAGUAAAAGCUGGUAAAUAUGUUUUGAGUAUUUUGAGCGGCAGCGGCGGCGGUGUGUGGUUUGGUUUCUCAGCAUGUCAACGUCCUGAGCACCAGGCACUCGACACCAACAGCUCAACAAAUUAUGCAACAGGGAAUAGCAAAAUGGAAAAAUGUCCUUUUAAACACUGCUGGACAGCACAGACGCUGCUAUAUGGCACAUUCUGAUCACCAGUGAGAGCCCUUUUUUGCAGAUGGAUACACACCUUUGUAUUGCCUUUGAAGAACAUUAUUUCAAGUUAGCUUAUUAAUAUGUCUUUUUCUUAAUCAACAUUUUUGUUAUUAGAUUAAUUUGCCUCUCGGAUGGCAACAUGAAGGACUCACUGCUGAAAAUAUUUGCCUAGAGAAGUAUAUUUUCUAUCACACAUUACCUACUAUUGUAGAUGAAAGCAUGACGGCCCCUCCGACUCUUCUUUAAAAGGGCUGAUUUAUACUUCAAUAUGGCAGAAACUCACUAUGCUCUUGCAUGACACUAAUGUGAAAUUCAGUACUGUAACAUGUAAGUACGGUAUUCUACAGUAUAUUUUUGUCUGAGGUUCGAUGGGACCCCUUAAAGGUAAACUUAAUAUACACAUUUCCUUGUGGUACUGAGCCUUCAAACCCCACAUAUUUCCGGAGUCUGUAGAUACGCCCCGGGCCAAGAUUAUGAACAAAGGCCCUUUCCUUUUUAGCAACUUUCUUUUUGCAACAAUUGUCAGUUUUAUUUUAUAUUUGCUUUGUAGAAAUAUCCUCAGAUGUCGUCAGGUUUCACCUCAUCAUUCUUAGAUGAGGGCAGUUUAUAACCUGAAACUUGAUUUCAGCAUGAAUUAAUUAACAGCCUUACAGUUUGUGUUCAUCUGGAAAAGAUCUCAGUGUUUUGUUUUUUUUUAUGUUGUUGUAACAGUUUAUUAGCAUGUUCCUACUAGUAUGUUGUUUUUGCCAUCAUUCUUAAAAUGUAGUAUUGCAUGUUGAGCGCAUCGGAGAGGAAAGAUAAAACUGAUAGGCCUGCUGUUUUAGUCCGUUUGUUUAAUACUGAUUUGAGGACAGAGAAGCAGGACCUGUGUGACUGACUGAGUGAUGGAAAACAAACCUCAACCCUUUGAUUUCUCAGUUUGGUUUUAAAAUUAAUAAGAGGUUUGGAUGUUGUGGUGGAAAAUGAUUCAUACACGCAUUUCAGUUGUUUUUCAUUUAAGUUGCGUCUUACCAUGAACAUACUUGAAAAUAAAAAUGCUUACUGUUGUCUGUAAGAAUAGGAAUCCGCCAUCUUGUCUUGACACAAAUGUGAAAGAAAUGACCUUAAUCAAGAAUAUUGUUGGUUGGUGACAAUGUUGAUGAGAAGUUGCUGAAUAAAAGUAGACCUAAACAUCAGAUGCAUUGUGAAGUUUCCGUAGGAAGUUGAUCAAAAAGCUUAAAAUGUUUAAUCAGAUUAGUUUUCCAGUCUAUUAAAAAUUCACAUUUAC